AAUUUCGCUUCUCCCUUAGCCAAUUUCUUCCAUUGUUACUGACCUUAGAAAGAACACGAAGAGAUAAAGAGUACAAACUGAGAUCAACGAAAGAGGCAUAAGCGACGGAUUCCUAAAACGAGAGAUAAUCGCAGCAAAUUCGUACCAAUAUUAAACCAGGUAUGGAAAAUGUGGUUGCGACUGUGAGUGGUUAUCACGGAUCUGAAAGGUUCAAGCUCAUCAAGCUUAUUUCUCAUUCUGGAGCUAGUUAUGUCGGGGCAAUGUCAAGAUCUAUUACGCAUUUGGUGUGUUGGAGAUUCGAGGGAAAAAAGUAUGAUCUUGCGAAGAAGUUUAAUACAGUAGUAGUUAAUCAUCAGUGGCUGGAAGAAUGCGUAAGGAAAGGGAGACGAGUUUCUGAGACGCCUUAUAUGUUUGAAAGUGGGGAAGAGGUUGGACCUUUGAUGAUUGAACUUCCUUCGGUUGCUAAAGUCGCUAAAAAAGUGAAUAAGGCUGCAGAAACUUUUGAUAAAUACUUUAGUAAUGGUGAAGAAAGCAGGAGAGGCUCCACUUCUGAGCUUGCCACUUGGAUGGAUUCUGUCUUGUUGAAAGAGAAAAAUAUGGAAGUAAACAGACAGUCAGUGCGAUUAAGAACAAAGAGGCCGAGUAGUAUUUUAGAAGACAAGGAAAACACUGGUGUGGCGGAAUCUUCAGGGAAAGGAAAGAGGCGGUUAGUACAGCAGCGCUUGUGCAGAAACCUUAUCGACCUUGAAUCUGAUGAGGAGUCUGAUAAUAAUUGUCUUGACAAUUCUGAUGAGAACCAAAAUAAGACUCAUGAUAUUAGAGAACCUGAUGAUGAAUUUGUGAGGGACUGUGUUUUCGAACCAGGAGAAACAUCAGCUCUUCGACAUCCUGGAGACUCUACAACACAAAACUGGGACGUGAAUGAAAUAGAGGAAUCUGAGAAUUGGAGUCAUUCAGCUGUUUUUAAACGUCCUAGAUCAAAUUGUGCAGAGAGAAAACCGCAAGAUGAUGAGUCAAACUACAACAAAACUGAUUCAAGAACAGAUGAAACAGACGCAACGGAGAAGGUUCCUCCUGCACAGGUUUCCUGCAUUAUAUGCUGGACCGAGUUUAGCUCCAGCAGAGGCAUUCUCCCUUGCGGCCACAGAUUUUGUUAUUCGUGCAUCCAGAAAUGGGCAGACCGUUUGGUUGCAGAAAGAAAGAAGACAACAUGUCCAUUGUGCAAGUCCAAUUUCAUCACCAUAACAAAGAUAGAAGACGCUGAUUCAUCCGAUCAAAAGAUAUAUUCACAAACAGUCCCUGACCUAUCUUCAACAAAUAACACUCUCGUAGUACUCCCUGAAGAAGAAGAAAGACGAGGCUUCAGUGCACUGGCUCGAGCUUCAGGUUGCAGCAAAUGCUACUUGACUGAACCAGAGGAGCUUCUCAUAAGAUGUCACCUCUGCAAUUUCCGGCGCAUCCACUCUUAUUGUUUAGACCCUUACCUGCUUCCUUGGACCUGCAAGCAUUGCAGUGAUCUUCAGACGAUGUACCAGCGGCGUAACUACUAAAAAUAAAAUAUGAUCAUAAUGUUUGAUCUUGAAAUUAUGGAUAUUAGCAAUAUCCCCCUAUUUAUUUUUUUUGUUUACAUUCUCACAAAAGUUUAUAGAAGAUUUCUGCAUUAA